UUCCCGGGCGCGUGCACGCUGAUGAUCGACUUGGUGUGUUGUCGCGGCCGCGCGCGCUGUGUGCGGUGACCCGCAGCCGCACGCGGAGCGCUGACGGUGUUCGGCUCUGGAUCCGGAGACCAGCCCGGUUCAUCCCCGGAGCCGGUCCAGCCCGUCUCCGCGACAAGGUGUGUUGUCAAGGGCAGCAAACGACUGAUGAUGCUUUUGUGAGAGCGGGUGGGGCUACCUGGCCCUAACAGGAAAGGAGGAGGAGUUGCACCAACCGUCAGCCCCUCCCCUUCCUGCCUGUGACACGCCAAACGGAAGGACCCAACAAAGGGUGUGGCUGUCCCCUCCCUCUUUUUCCUCCCCCUCCCGUCCUCCCCUUUGACUCCUUGUACUCUCCCUGUCCGCGCUUUACUUCGCUCCCCUGUUAGCCCCGCCCCCUUUCACCAUGCUGUGAUCCUGCUGCUGGUGGAGAGCCUGAGGACGCAGACUCUGGAAGGCGACUCUGCUCAGUCAGGGGACUUUUACCUGUCCCUGCUGGACCCAAAAACCCUGACAGAGGGCUGGCUCCCAGAUGGCUUGAUGCCUGAAAGCAGCUACUGGCAGCUGUGCCCUCCCUCCAAGUCCAGCCUGCAGGGGGGGUUGCUGAGCUCGAGCUUCCCCCCUGGACCCGUGCCCCUGGUGCCCCCGGAUGCACACCUGCAGGAGGGUGUUGACCCCUUGGAUUGUCCCCAUCCUCAGCAGCACCGGCUUUUGGGUCCCAGCACCUCAGCGUCUGAGCUCUCUCUCCCCAGAGUGGCAUCGGCCCCAUCCGGCCCUGGACCCCCUCCGCCUCCGCCUCCUCCCCCGCCCCCCAAACGGCACUGCCGCUCGCUGUCUGUGCCCGAAGACCUGUCAAGAUGCCGUUACACCUGGCGUCCCAGUGCCUCGCGGGUUUGGACUCCAGUCAGUCGCCAGCAGUGUCACGGAGGAGCAGUGGGAGGAGGCACGACAGGUGCCGGUGCAGUUGUCGGAUUCGUCGUAGGGGGAGGUUCUUCAGGAGGUGGGGUCUGCCCAUUACGAGCCCCCAGCUCUUCCUUGAAUUCGUCGCUGCACUCCUCGUCCAGCCCGACGUUCUUCAGCUUGGCACUGUCCCCUGAUUCACCGCUGCCAUGGAGCUUCCCCUGGGACCCUAGUGAGGCAGCAGCAGGAGGUGGAGCCUGCUGCUGCUUCUUCCCCUCCCCAUCCUCUUGCUCCUCCUCUCCUUCCCCGCUCCACCCGCCUCCGCCUCCUCAGCGGCGUUUCUCUCUCUCACCUGUACUGAUCAGGGACUCGGCAGCCUCUACCUUCUUGCCUCCGCCAGCUGUGCCGAAUCACGUGGCAGCACCUUCUCCGGGAUGUUCUGCUGCAGCAGGAGCGAUGGCGGCCGUACCCGUGCCCGCAUCACCUUCCUCAGCCUGCAGCACGCCAUCGUCUCUGCGACGCACUCUGCCACCACAGUUGCCUCGCUGUCACUCUCAGCCAUGUGACUUACUCCUGCUCAAACCGGGUUUGAAGAGACGACGUGACCCUGACCGGCCCUGCGCCCGACCCGUCCUCGACUUCACCAAGAUGACACAGACCCGUAGCGUUGACCCACAGUGUUUGGAACGUGGUGGCGGCAGACUGGCCUGCAGCAGCGACAUCUGUAUGAGUGCGGAACCCUUCUUGGGCGACUUCCGCAGCUCCUGCUCACCGGCGGAGUGCCUGGGUAGGACCAGCAUCAGCCCACUCAGCGAGAGUGAUGAAGAGUGCCGCGAGGACGAUGACGACGGCGAGGAGGACCCGGACGAACGCGAGGCUGCUCAGCAGGCGGUGUUCGAGCGGGAUUGUACAGAACUUGACUUGAACUUGAUUGAGGAAAACUGACGUAUUUGUAAAUGAUAGGUUUUAUUUCUUUUCUUUUUUUUUCCCUAUGUAUUUUGAUUUUAUCUUAGCCCCACCCCUUUUCUCAGUGACAUCACCAACAUUGUAAUCUCCAGGCCUCUUUGGCACCAAUCAGCAAGACUCUCAGGAACUUCACCUUCUGUCAUUGGACGGGCUGAUUGACGACGACAGUGAUGAUUUGACUCCCGCCUGUUAGCGGUAAUGACUCUGCGUUGUCGCCCUCUUUUUCUUUUUCCAAAUAUUGCCGCAAACACGCCCGUGUCCUGCUCUGUGAUUGGAUGCGGUAUCGUCAUGUUUCUUCUUCAUGGCAUCCGGGUGUCUUCCAACAUGGAUGCUGAGUCACCGCGGCCUGACGAUGAUGUCACUGCUACACCACUGGCCCUGAAACAACACGCCACCGGCGUUAUGGUGUUUGCGGUGACAGUGAUGAUGUCAAAUAGUUAAGGACGGAACCUGUGACGGCUGCUGCUUGAUAAAUCAUUGUGCAGAUUAGAUAGUUUCAGGGCUGUCUCGUCAGGCAGCGGCGUGGCGGGUCGUCACUGAUGCUGUCGUUUCUGUGUCUGAGGUUGGUCCCGCUGUGGUUCCCUCAGAGGACCCGAGUCUUCUGUUCCGGUUGCGUCACUCACUGUAACUCCAUGGUUGCAUCAUGUCACAGAAAGCGAGCAGCAGAGCCGCGUCUGUGCGGCUGAUGAACUCUCUGCCGCGUCGGGUCACCGCUCGUGCUCUCUGGUGGUCGUCUGCACGUUUGACUUUGUGGUCAGAUGAACUUCCACAAGUCUCCUCCCACAUCUGACAUAAUUUCUUGCGGCUU